UCCCCCCGCCCGGUUUGUCCCUCGCUGUUUGCCGUACCAUAACACGGAAGUGGCGCCUCCAGGAGGGACACAGCAAAAAAGUGAAUGAAAUACGCACUAACUUCUGUAACUAGCUCCACGGGGACGUUAUUAAACCAAUGUGUGUUUCACUAGCACAGUUAAAAUCGAUGUUUCAUUUCCCCAACCCUCUUCACGGCGUUGUUAAGGGACAGCUGACGAUGCUACAGAGUUAGCCUCACCAGCUAACGAUGCUACAGAGUUAGCUCACCAGCUAGCCCGCGGUGCUAGUUGUACAUGUGGGUGAAAUGGUGCAGAGCAUGUUCCGGACCGGGUUCCUGGUCCGGGCCGGUCACACGCUGCUCACCUGGGUCACGACCCUCGUCCUGUUCCUGCACGACACCGAUCUGCGGAGGUGUGAGGAGCGAGGAGAGCUGCUGCUGCCGCUUCUCUUCUUCUUCCUGGUUGUGAUGUCGGUGCUCUUAUACUUCGCUGUUUCUCUAAUGGACCCUGGCUUCGUUCUCACUGACGCCGUCAAGGGGGUGGAGGGUUCAAAUGAGGAAAUGGAAUCAAUGAUUCCUCAGACUUCGCCCCCCCGGCUGCGGCGCUGUGGAUACUGUCUGCUGCAGCAACCAAUGAGAGCGAAGCACUGUCAGACGUGUCAGCACUGUGUCCGUCGCUUCGACCACCACUGUCCCUGGAUCGAGAACUGUGUGGGCGAGCGGAACCACCGCUGGUUCAUCGUGUACCUGCUGGUGCAGCUGCUCGCUCUGCUGUGGGCUCUUCACAUCGCGCUGUCGGGGAUUUCACCCGGCGUCACGUGGGAGCUGUGGUUCCGGGUGAACGGGUUCCUGCUGGCGGCGCUGCUCGUGGUGGGGAUCUUCUCCGUGGUGACCGCGCUGCUGCUGGGCUGCCACCUCUACCUGGCCUCCAUCAACUGCACCACCUGGGAGUUCAUGUCGCGUCACCGGAUCUCGUACCUGAAGAACUGCGAGUACGAGGAGAACCCGUUCGACCGCGGCUUCUUCUGCAACCUGCUGGACUUCUUCUGCAUCUGCAGGACGGUGAUGUGGGAGCAGGUCUACAAGAGGAACACUCUGAAUCCAGCCUGACUCUUGUUUUUACAGUUUCACUACCAGAUGGAGCCAAAUAUUUUACAAUUUUUUUUUUACGGUAUUUGUACGAUUUGUAUUUAUUGACAACGAGAGUACAUUAAAACACUGAUGAUACACAUGUAAUAGAUUACACCUGCACACACUGACAGUCCAGGUCAGGAUGCGUUUACACAUUAACACAGAACUGACACACAAGUAACAUGUAACAUUCAGCAGCAUUAACAUAAAGUGCUACAGCAGCUAAACCGGUGCCUGUUGGUUGUCGUCGGACGGUUCAGCGUCCUGCUCAUGGACACUUCAGCAGGACACGUGGACACGAGGGGACAUUCUGGACUGAAGAGCAACUUGCAGCUUGAAUACAUUUUCAGAAUUGCCCCAACAGCUCAGACGGUGAAAACCCACCGGACGACAACAAAUAAGAAACUUUAGUCACUUUAUUUUACGUGUCCUGUAUUUUUCAAACUAUCGCUCAUAUAUAUAUAUGUGUAAAAUUAAUGGUAUAUUUCCAAUAAAGAUCUACGUAAUUUGGUUCUGAUCAUGAAAAUGGAGCAGCGAGCAUUAGAUGCUGCACUCAUCCAGAACCCGAUUGUUUUAUUUGAGUUGUAAAUGAAAAACAAAUCGAGAUUCUUCUGUAAUUAAAUGAAAAAUGGUUCAUAAACCAACUUCUGUAUCGACGAAAGUUUCAUAGAAAGACAAAUAAACUCUCUUCAAUCCUGUUUAAA